AUGGCGCUUUCAAAUUGCCAUCCUGGAUAUGAAUCCGUCUCCUCUCCGGCGACUCCGGACUCGCCGUUUCCACGUCCCGUCCACAAAAAACGGAGCAUUUCCAGCCCCGCUUCCCGCCCUCGCAGGCCGAGCUUCGCAGCGCGCCGAGCAAACUUUUCCGGCCUCCCGAGCCGGACACUCCCGGGGCUCAAUUGCAGCCAACGCCGCCGCCUUUCCCCGGCAGCGAGCACCCCCAGGCCGCCCCGAGAUUGGCGCUGCGGCCCUCUGCCAAGCCAAGGCCGCCCCGGCCCCUCUCUGACCCGGCCUCCCGUCAGGCAGCAGCCCGGUCCCCGCGAGGCCGAGGCGGCGAGGAGGCCUGGGGUUCUCCCGAGAGGCGGCUUGUUGUGUCUGCUCCUCGGAGAGGCCCGGAAACCUCCAGGCGGUGGAGGAGGCCUGAGGCGCCAAAGCGGCAAGGAAGAGGCCUCGGAGGAGGGCGCGCUGGAAAUGGGGGAGGCCUGA